UAUUAAUAUUUCAUCAAAUGGAAAUUUAACACAAAAGAAAAAGGAAUCAUUGGGAUUUAAACAUAUGUAGAUCUACCUCAAAACUUACACUCAUUUGGCAGAAAACUCAGUCAUUACAUACAACUCUCUCCAGAUCGAUAUUAGAUCUACAAGAUAUUUCACAUUAUUGAUAAUCAUGAUAAUACUGUUUUUUAGUAAGUUCUUUUCAUCUCUGCACAGAUUAAUGAAAAUACAAAGAAAACAAAUCUAUUUCAGUAUUCAGCAUUAUAUUACAAUUAUCGGCAAAAAAUCAGAAUCAGAAUAGUUAAGGCAAUGUAUCAAACACUUUCAACCAGUCAUUCCAGAGGACUUGUAUCCUGCACCAAAAGGUUACGACUGCCUAUGUGGUCUAGGAUAAAACAUGGAUUGGUUGUCAGCAGGAGAGCUACUGACCACUGUCAGUCACCACGAUGACCAAAGACGAUGGAGUGAGCUCCAGCUCCGACGUUGUCGUGGUUGGAAUUCCUGUUGUCAGCAGCGGCAACAUUGAUGGUAGCAUCAUUGACCUCCCCCUCACAGCUAUCUCAAAAGCGGAGAUAAGUUCAGAGAUUGACGUUGCUUCUGCAGGAUUUGUUAACAAUUCUUUUCUUGGCAGUGUUCGUACAGACAAUGCAACCCUUCAGAGCCUCCUGGCUGCUCCGAUAACCACCCCUCAGAUACUGGCCAACCCAGACACCAUACAGAUCAUCACGGUGCCCACUGCUGCCGACCUCAUCACGACCUCGCAGCCAGAUGGCGCUGGUAAAGUCUGGCAGGUCAUCCCGAACAUCAACAACCCUGAGAUCGCCACCAUCAUCGCCGUCAGUGAUCCUUCGGAGCUUCUCCAGCAUAUGCAAGUUAAGCCAGAUACAACAGAUGGCAUGGGUCAGUUUGAUGCCCAGUUUGUGACAACUGCUGACUCUGCAGGGGUCACCUGCUCCACCGACAACCUCCUCAUGCCCCCUCCCCAGCCGCCACCCCAGGCCCUCCCCCCGGACUGUCCCACCUGGGCCGCAAGGUUGAAGAACUGUGAGAGAAUCGGUGAUUCCUACCGAGGCUACGUUGAGAGUGAGGUCGAACUUGACCUUCUGCUGACCUUCCACAAGCAGCAGACGCAGAGCUUCUGGGGCACCCGCCAGUCCCCGAGUCCAGCGAAGCCGUCCACCCGCCUCAUGUGGAAGUCCCAGUAUGUGCCCUUUGAUGGCAUCCCGUUUGUUAAUGCAGGGAGUCGAGCUGUGGUGCAGGAGUGUCAGUAUGGACCGAGACGGAAGGGGAACCCCAAGAAGCAGCUGGACAUCCCCAUCAAGGGGGAGUACAGGCAGACAUGUCCUGCAAGAAUAUACAUCAAGAAAGUGAGAAAGUUCCCCGAGUUUUAUGUAUCAACAACACUAGAUAAGAAAUCCUUAAAGAUUGCCAUGGACAAAGCAUUUCAAGACCUGAAAGACAGGGGCGUCGACGGCUGGGGGCAGGAGAGAUACUAUGUCCAGCUCCCGACGGAGAAAGCUCACGAAUUCCAUGAAGAUGUUCCCCAGCCCCCCAAGUUGAUGAUUACCCCGGCCAAGUUAGAGUUUGACGACACCGACUGUGGCGAGCAGCGGCUACACCCUCGGGUCGUGCAGAAAAUACGAGAGAUGGUCUCGGCAGGAGAAACUAGAGUCUACGCCAUACGCAAACAACUAAGGGUGUUUGUGGUGAAGGAGUUGUGUCACGGGGGAGAAACUCCAGAACGCCAUGAUCUCACCUUGUUCCCGACUGUCAACGAUCUCAAGAAUCACAUUCAUCAAGCUCUCAAAGACAUCGAAAAUGGCUCUCUACCACUCACGGCUUCAACUGUGAAUGUCGAAAUAAUCACCAACCAGGAUGGAACAUCCACAUCAUCACUGGACCCUCACGGGGAGCUGCAGUCCUUUGACCCCUCCAUACUGUCUGGGGUAGCACCUGGAGAGGAUGGGCCCAUGCCAGAGACUGUCACUGUCACCCUCACACAGAACCCUGGAGAAGAUGGCCACCACAUCAUAUCUCGCAUCGAGACCCACCUGAGCGACGGCACCACCCAAGUGAGCACCACCCUCACCCCGGAGACGGCCCAGCUACUGUCCCGCCUACACCCGGGGAUGUUCCCAGCCGGCAGUCUGCUACAGCUCUCGCCGAUGCAAGGACCCACCACUGCACAGGAGAUGGGGUCCUCACAGGACAUCGUCGUCGGCAGUGCCAUGGGAGAUGAUGCAGAGCAGAAUUGUGAUGAUAUGGAGACCUCCCAGAAUGCCGAUGCACUUGACGGGACAACCCCGCUACAUAUCGUUGACACUCAGAUCAUACAUAAUGAUGAUUGUGAUGAUGAAGAUGAAGGUGAAGACAUGGGGAAUGUGGACACUUCACUGGAGCAGGCACACAUGAAUCACACUCAGAUGCACCAGACACACAUUGAUCAGGACGACCUUGAUCAGGCUCAGAUGGCUCAGGCACACCUGGAGCAGACACACAUGAUAGCAGUGUCUUCCAUGGAAGAUGAGCAUGGAUUGGUGCAUCUGACAACAGCUACCUCUCACCCUGGUAUCUGACUAUAUGGCUGAGACCUUGUCAGCAUGUCUCAAGUGUGGCCAAUGUGUUGUCGGCAUAUUUCACUAACCCUGCCUCAGUGUGUGUUUGAGGUCUUGUCUUUUAUUAAUAUCUCACUGUGGUUGAGAUUGAUAUCCCACUAUGUGGCUAAGAUGUUGUUAAGAUGUUUAACUAUGUGGUCAUCAUGUCUAAAUUUUGUUGGCAAGAUCUUGUCACUGUAUUGCACAUGUACAUGAGAUCAAGAUAUCUCACAUAUGGCUGAGAUCUUGUCUUCAUCACUCACUAUCUCACCGAGACGUCAGCAUAUCUCACAUGUGGUUAAGAUCUUGUCAACAUAUCUCACAUGUGGCUGAGAUCUUGUCAACAUAUCUCACAUGUGGCUGAGAUCUUGUCAACAUAUCUCACAUGUGGCUGAGAUCUUGUCAACAUAUCUCACACGUGCUGAUAUCAUGUCUUCAUCACUCACUAUCUCGCCGAGACUUCAACAUGUCUCACAUGUGGUUGAGAUCUUGUCAACAUAUCUCACAUGUGGCUGAGAUCUUGUCAAUGUAUCUCACACGUGGCUGAUAUCAUGUCAAUGUAUCUCACACAUGGCUGAGAUCUUGUCAACAUAUCUCACAUGUGGUUGAGAUCUUGUCAACAUAUCUCACACAUGGCUGAGAUCUUGUCAACGUAUCUCACACGUGGCUGAUAUCAUGUCAAUGUAUCUCACACAUGGCUGAGAUCUUGUCAACAUAUCUCAUGUGGCUGAGAUCUUGUCAACAUACCUCACAUGUGGCUGAGAUCAUGUCAACCUUUUUCACAUAUGACUGAGAUCUUGUCUUCAUCACUCACUAUCUCACCGAGACGUCAACAUAUCGCACAAUGUGGCUGAAACAAUGUCAACAUAUCUCACAUGUGGCUGAGAUCUUAUCUUCAUCACUCACUAUCUCACCAAGAUGUCAACAUAUCGCACAAUGUGGCGAGAUCAUGUCAACAUAUCUCACUGUAUUUCACCGAGACGUCUGCAUUCUUCACCCUGCGGCUGACUAUCACUGUGAUUGCGCUGACUCUGCUGUGUAUGGCUGGGGAACUGACUACAUGAUUU